CUUGUAUCGCUCGCUAGCGAAGAGAGCCGCAGCCUCUUCCUGGAAGGCGUUGCUGCUGGAUCGACCCUCGGACAUGGCGUGGAGUGGUCUGAUGCAGCACAGGAGCGAGCGGGCUCGGAUGGAGGACUUGGGCGGAGGGCUCGGCUGGUGCAGGCCGGAGGCGGGCAGAUGGGAACCUGAGCCGGGGAUGAGCGUUGGCCAGGGCUCGCCCUCCAUGACACCCGCCCAGCCAUCGACACAACUCUUGCCGGCUCUGCCCUGUUGUCCCUGACCGACAUCGGCGCCGCACCGGCUUCGACACCCAUCCCUACAACCGCCAGCACCCCGGCCUCGGCCUCGGCCUGUCCUUGCUGGCCCGCGAUGAGCAUCUCGCAUGUCGACGCCUCUCUGCCGUCGCUCCAGGCUGUUCUGCCGCUGGUGCCGCCGGAUCAGCCCACAGCGACGGUGACAUCGGUCUCACUGCAUGCGAAUCGCAUCGAGUUUAUUGACCCGGUGGUGCUUGCCAAGUUCCCAAACCUCGUCCUCCUCGACCUCUCGAGCAACCAGAUCAAGAAGAUGCAGGGCCUCGAGUGUUUGGGCAAGCUGCAGGAGCUGAAUCUCUCCAACAACAAGAUCGAUGUCCUGGAGGGCCUGAGGAGCCUCGUCUCUCUGCGACGCCUCUUGCUGUCCUUCAAUAACAUACGCCAUUUGGACGGAUUUGUCGAGCUGCACGGAGAUCAGUACUCGCUGCAAUCACUGGAUCUGUCUGGAAACAAGAUCGAGUCGAUAGGCGAGCUGCGAUACCUCGCUGGAUGCAAUCUCAGGUUCCUGUCGCUCCGGAGCGACCCAGCCAUAUCACAAAAAGCCAAUCCGGUCUGCCGGCUGCCCGAGCUCACGGCGAGCUUUGUAUUUAGCCUCCUCCCUCAGCUCAUCUCAUUGGACGGGAAGGAUAUGUUCGGAAACUUGACUGAGGGUACGACGGCCGGAGCUUCAGCCACUAUAUGGGUUCGAGGAUAUUUUGGACUUGGCCAGUGCAGGCUUGCCUCAGACGCGCUUGUCGAAACCUUCCAGGCGCAAGGACCAGCCACGAUAUACUCGCUCCACAGCCCGCCGACCCGCCUAUCCACCGAUCGAGGCAUCGCCGAACGCUGGUUUGCCAAGAGGCGUCCUGUAUCGACUCGGCGAGACAGAGAAGCGGCUCUCCGAGCCACCUGCCCCUGACAGCACUGCCCAGCAAAAGUCUGACGCACAAAUCGAGAGAAUCGAGCGGCUGGAAGAACAGACUGCCAAACUUCUCCAAAGCGUCACUCGCUCAGAUCCAGUCCCUGCCUCGUUCCUUCCCAAAGCCAGCGCUCUCGAAGCAAACCGCAUCAGCCAGCUCGAGUCUCAGAUGGCGCAGAUGAUUGACCUCUUC